AUGUGUGUGACUCUCCCUGGAGCCUUCACUGGUGCCUGCACGAGGGAUUGGAGUGUUGACUUGGACCAUAUGGAAAUCAUUGGGCGCAAAUUCGACAGUUGUACCCAGAUUGGUGGAGUCCAUAACUUCAUCCGGGUACUGGAGGGUCUGCGGAAUAAGCUCCAUGAUCCUAAGCCUGAUGACUUUGCCUUCAUCAGAGGAUUCCAAGCUGGCCUCAGGAGAGAUGUCAGGGAUGAGCUGGACCAGAGAGGUGUCUACACUUCAAACACCUCUGCUGGAGACUAUAUGAGACAAGCCAUCAAUGCAGACAAGAAACUCUACAACACCUGGAGGGUACAAAGUGGAGAUGCCUCUGCUCUGAGGGUGAAGAAGCUGAUCUCCCCAGGUGGUAUCUCCAUCAAAUGA